AUGGACAAUCGUGUAAAGUGCCAGUGCGAAAAGUGUUUAUCGAAAAAAAUGGAAGACGAUUAUUACCACGUGGUGACAAGGAUGGAAGACAUAACCGAGCAGGACGACAGACACCUAGCGGGCGCGCGUAAAGAAAUAAGAAAUGAUUUGCACAUUAUUAUACCCGAAAACCCGUUCCCUGAUGAAGAAGUGGACGCAUACCCACCUCUAAAAUACUCUUGGGUAAUUCCCGAAAAGCUUGCAGCCAUGGCGUUUCCACGGCACAAGGAGAAUUUACAGUUUUUGGUUAACCAAGGCAUAACACACCUGAUAACACUGACGGCGGGAAAAAAGCCGCCGAUAGACGAUAUACCAAGAUUGCGGUGGACGGAGAUACCCGUCGAAGAGUUCGGAGUACCCACGGUAGAGCAAAUCGAGAAAUUUGUUGAUAUUUGUAAGAAAGCUGAUAAAAAUGGAGAGGUACUCGGUAUCCAUUGUCGUCAAGGACGCAGCAGAUCUGGUGUGAUGCUGGCUUGCUAUUUGGUUCACUUCCACAGAUUCCACCCUGAGCAAGCGUUAAACGUCAUUCGGAUGAUACGACCAGGUUCCUGUGACUUUGGCGAUCAAGAAGAGGCUGUCGGCAGAUAUUACGAACGGCUAACAGAAAACAAUCCUUUAAGAUUUGGUGUUAGCGGCGAUGUUAUGGAAGAAUUUAUAGAGGCAGCGAGGGAAUAUACUAAGAAAAUGCUUUAG